CCCGGUGGCGCGGGGGCGGGCCGGCCUCACCCGGAAUGAAAACAAACGGUGGCCGCUGCCGCAUCCGGGCACUCGGCGGGCACUCUGGUGGCGAGGAUGGCGCAAAAGAAAUAUCUCCAAGCAAAACUGACCCAGUUUUUAAGGGAAGACAGAAUUCAACUUUGGAAACCUCCAUAUACAGAUGAAAAUAAAGACGACAGUUUGGCAUUGAAGGACCUUGCCAAGAAGUACUCUGACAAGCUAGAAUGUUGUGAAAAUGAAGUAGAAAAGAUAAUGGAAGAAAUACGUUGCAAAGCAAUCGAGCGUGGCACAGGAAAUGAAAAUUAUAAGACAACAGGAAUUGCCACGAUUGAGGUGUUUUUACCUCCACAGCGACGAAAAGAUAAGAAAGCCCUCUUGAAGACCCAGUUGCACAUUACUGGCAAAGAACUGAGGUCUAAAAUAGCUGAAACCUUUGGAUUUCAAGAAAAUUAUAUCAAAGUUUUCAUAAACAAGAAACAACUUCAACUAGGGAAGUCACUUGAGGAACAAGGAGUGACACACAAUGUGAAAGCGAUGGUGCUGGAACUAAAACAGUCUGAAGAGGAUGCGAGAAGGAACUUCCAGGUUGAAGAAGAAGAGCAAAAUGAAGCCAAACUGGAAGAAAAAACAAUUCAGAGGACUAAGAGGGGACUCGAGAUACUAGCAGAGAGAGCUGAGAUGGUAGUAGACCCAGAAACCACACCAUACUUAGACAUAGCUAACCAGACAGGCAGAUCAAUCAAAAUUCCUCCAUCAGAAAAAAAGGCCCUCAUGUUAGCUAUGGGAUAUCAUGAGAAGGGCAGAGCUUUCCUGAAAAGAAAAAAGUAUGAACUAGCCUUGCCAUGCCUGCUGGAUGCUGACAAAUAUUUCUGUGAGUGUGGCACAGAGCUACUGGACACAGUGGAUAACUAUGCGGUGCUCCAGCUGGACAUAGUAUGGUGUUACUUCCACUUGGGACAACUGGAAUGCCUUGACGAUGCAGAAAAAAAAUUAAACUUGGCCCAGAAAUGCUUUAAAAACUGUUAUGGAGAAAACCAUCAGAGACUGGUCCACAUAAAGGGAAAUUGUGGGAAAGAGAAGGUAUUGUUUUUAAGACUUUACUUGCUUCAAGGUAUCCGAAGUUAUCACAGUGGAAAUGGUGAAGAGGCUUGUGAGUAUCUCAACAAGGCACAUCAGCUCUUUAAAGAGCUAUAUAUUGAUCCAUCAAAAGUUGAGACUUUGUUGCAGCUGGGGUUUACUGAACAGGAAGCCCGGCUUGGCCUCAGGGCCUGUGACGGAAACGUGGACCACGCAGCCGACCACAUUACGCACCGCAAAGAGGAAUUGGCCCAAAUAAGGAGAGAGGAACAAGAGAAGAGAAAACGCCGCCUGGAGAGCAUAAACUCCUUGAAAAGAAUGGGCUACUCCACUUACGCAGCCAAGCACGCCCUCCAUCAGGCCGGCGGGAACCUGGACCAGGCCCUGAAGAUUCUUCUCAGUAAUCCUCAGAGGUGGUGGCUCACUGAUUCCGAUCCUGAAAGCAACCACAAUCAAGAAAGUGCUUCCCAGGAAAAUAUUGACCAACUGGUGUACAUGGGCUUUGACACGGGAGCCGCCAGAGCUGCCCUGCAAGUGUUCAGGGGACACGUCCAACUGGCAGCUCAGACCCUUGCUUACAAUGGAGGCAGCCUCCCUCCUGACCUGCAGCUCGCAGCAGAAGACUCGUCCUCAACGCCUUCCACAUCCCCUUCCGAUUCUGCAGGAACCUCUAGUGCCUCAACAGAUGAAGAUAUGGAGACAGAGGCUGUCAAUGAAAUACUGGAUGAUAUUCCAGAACAUGAGGAAGAUUAUCUCGACUCAACUCUGGAAGACGAGGAAAUUAUUAUUGCAAAGUACUUAUCCUAUGUAGAAAAUACAAAGUUGGCAACCAAGAAAAACUAAUGAACAGAAAUAAGUACUAAGUUUCUGCUUAUAAAUUCUAUCAUUAUGAAGUGUAAAGCAGGUCUUUUUCUUCUUCCUUUUUACUGAUUUUGCUCCGGAGUGCUUUCUGCCUGGGUGUAGGAGGGGCGGGCAGGGCUUAGAGGAGACUUGGGUGGGGGCCAGGGUGCUGGCCCCUCCAGGUGAGCUGGGGAAGGAGCUGCCUAUGGCCUGGUCUGCUGGUCCCUGGCUGCCUGCCUGCCGCUUCCGCAGCCCUAGCACCUCCCUCCCCGCUUGGUUUCUUCCUACCCACGAAGGGGAAGGACUGAAGAACAGGGUGGCCCUGGGGAAGGUCUCAGGAAGACGUAAGCGGGAGAGAAAGCUCCGAUCUGCCUCCUCGCCCAGCUGUCCUGCUCUGCUGACCCUUUCCUUCUUCCCGUGAUGCAGCUCUGCCUACCUGCUUCACCCGCACUGCCUGCCCCUGAAUGUCCUUUGAAUCUUCAACCAUUCCAGGUGCUUUGGGGGCGUAAAGAUGAGGCAUGGGAUACAGGGGCCAUGCCAAGUUGUGCCAGAUGCUUUCAGCCUAAAACUAGUGUUUUAUUAUGCUCUUAGUUUAGUAAAAUAUGCACUUGAAAUUCAAGGUUAAAAUUCAGAACUUAUAUGCCUUCAAAAUUCUCCUUUACAAAAAUAAAAUCUUUUAUUAAAUGGGAAAGGCUUAAAUGCUAAAAAGUAACUUAUUUUUAAUUAGCAUUUUCAAAUGCUGUGCUGUCAUGUUAAACUCACUGCUGGGGGGGUGGGGGGGUUUGGUAUAUCUGUAUUACAGAAGACUGUUUCUAAAGAUGUGUACUUAGCCUCUUAUUGGCUAAGGAACACGCUCAUAGCACCCUGCAUUCCUCUCGAUGUACUUGUACAUGACAUGAAAACCCGUCCCAGCGCCAGGACACAGUUGGCAGCAGCCGCGCACUGACUGAAUCAAGUGCCUGAUAGGCUCCCAAGAUUCUUCCUGCCCUCCCAGAAGCCACUGGAAGCUCCUGUGACUGAGGGCAGAUGGGUCGCUGCCGUGUCCUGACCAGGGGCUGGCUGAAAUGCUUUGACUUUUUCUCUUACGUUUUCAUAAAGCUUGGACAGCAGUCCAGUUGGAAUGGGUGGAAGUUUCUUCUUAUCAUUCUUUUUAAAAUGGGUAAUACAGACGGAAAUAAAAGGUGGAAAAUACGUUCA